AUGGAUUUGGAUGAAGAUCCGGAUCCAGAAAUGCCACCUUCUGGGACGCUUACGCAUCCCAUAGAUAUAUCAAGCGGUUCUUCCUUUGUAGGAUCUCCAUAUAAAGGUCCCGAUGAAUAUAAUGAAUGGUGGGGGCAAUGGAAAUUUGCAAACACCCCUUCAUACCACAACACCCCACCACAACCUCCAUUAGAGGAACCGCACUUUGAAGCGGUGACUCCACCACCACUACCAGCUGAAGAACCACCUCAGCCACCUCCCGAGCCACCAAGACGGAGGAGAAACGCACGCAUAUCUGUGCGAGGGGGACCAAGAUUUAGCUCCCCUCAAGCUUCUAGCAACUACCCUCUGAUCCCUGAAGAUCCACAAAUGGGUGGACCUUCACAUGUUGUGCCGGAAAUCGACGUUACACCGGCCACCUUUGCACCAUCGCCACCUCCAAUGGGUUAUGAAAACCCAAUACCUACCUACCCAGGUCCGACUGGGUAUAACCUGUUUGAGCCACAAGCUCCUACUGGUUACAAUUAUCAACCUCCUACUUACGACCUAUACAUCGAAGCAGUCAAUUAUAACGCCCUCUAUCCUUCGCCGUUUCCACCUGCAUACCCAACUGGGUAUCCUGUUCAAGGGUAUAAUACCCUCCACCUCAACCCCAGCCGUAACCUCAACCACCACAACAACAAGAAAUCUUGCAAAGGGUGCAAGAAGUGGAACGUAGGGUGGAUAGAGGUGAAAGGAACACCAAUAAGUUCUUUAAAAGACUUGUAA